AAGGAGCAAUCGCAUUCGCAGCAGCAGCAGUGGCAGCAGAGUUGAAAAAGUUUGCGGGCGGGUUACACAAAAAAGUCGAGUGCUCGAAGAAAUUUGUGAAUAACUCCAGCAAAACGAAUUUUAUUAAUUGGAAUUUAUCAAUAGAAAUUGGAAAAAAGUGCAUGUGCAUUGUGGUAAUUGAAGAAAAUGUUUGAUUUAAUGAUAUGUCCAUGAAACGACCCAACGAUAUUUGAAUAUAAACAUAUGUACACGCAUACAAACAUACAUGUACAUACAUAUAUGAAAGUAGCGAAAAGUGCGAGCAAAAUAAAGCCGAAUGAAAGUAAGAAAAAUUAAGUAGUGCAGCCGAUUUGUGUAUGUGUUCUUAACGAUAAAAAUAAUAAAAAAUAAAAUAUAAUUACAACAGAACGCAGAACAAACCGCACAAAACGUUUAAAAAAUAAGUGAAAUACAUACAUACAUAAAUUUCGUAAGAAAAACCCACAAUUACAUAAGUGAGUUUUUGCGAACAUAUUUCAAUCGCUACAACAAAAAUAAUUAAAGUGAACAGCAGCAUCCGUUAAUCGGCAAACUAAAAAAGAAAAUCCAAACAACAACAAAAUAUCACAACAACUUGUGUUCAACAAAAAACGCGCUUUACACCAACAAUUGCAUUGCAAUAAAUUCGCCGUAAUCGAAGCCAUUUGAUUAUUUCACUUCGCUAACCGCAUAAAAGGAAACAAAAACAAAAACAUAAAAGAAAAUGGGUUGCACAACAUCAGCCGAGGAACGUGCAGCGCUCCAGCGUUCAAAGCAAAUCGAAAAGAAUCUCAAAGAGGAUGGCAUUCAGGCGGCAAAAGACAUCAAACUCUUGCUACUGGGUGCUGGUGAAUCGGGUAAAAGCACAAUUGUCAAACAAAUGAAAAUUAUUCACGAAAGCGGGUUCACCCCAGAGGAUUUCAAACAAUAUCGGCCGGUUGUAUACAGCAACACAAUACAAUCAUUAGUUGCAAUACUUAGAGCGAUGCCAAUACUCGGUAUUGCGUAUCACAAUAAUGAACGGGAGAAUGAUGCAAAAAUGGUAUUUGAUGUUUGCCAACGCAUGCACGACACGGAACCAUUCUCAGAGGAGCUUUUGGCUGCCAUGAAACGAUUGUGGCAGGAAGUUGGCGUUCAAGAGUGCUUCUCACGUAGCAACGAAUAUCAAUUGAAUGAUUCAGCUAAAUAUUUCCUCGACGAUUUGGAUCGGUUAGGUGCCAAGGAUUAUCAACCGACCGAACAGGAUAUUCUACGCACGCGUGUCAAGACGACCGGUAUUGUUGAAGUGCAUUUCUCAUUUAAAAAUCUCAAUUUCAAACUAUUUGACGUUGGCGGCCAGCGUUCGGAGCGAAAGAAGUGGAUCCAUUGUUUCGAAGAUGUGACAGCGAUCAUUUUCUGUGUCGCCAUGUCUGAGUAUGAUCAGGUCUUGCAUGAGGAUGAGACUACGAAUCGUAUGCAAGAGUCAUUGAAGCUCUUCGAUUCGAUUUGCAACAACAAAUGGUUCACCGAUACAUCCAUCAUUUUGUUCUUGAAUAAGAAGGAUUUGUUUGAGGAGAAGAUUCGAAAGAGUCCAUUGACAAUCUGCUUCCCUGAAUAUACAGGAGGUCAAGAAUACAGCGAAGCUGCUGCUUACAUUCAAGCUCAAUUCGAAGCGAAAAACAAAUCAACCUCAAAGGAAAUCUACUGCCACAUGACGUGCGCCACAGAUACAAAUAAUAUACAGUUUGUUUUCGAUGCUGUUACCGAUGUCAUUAUUGCCAACAAUCUGCGCGGCUGCGGUUUGUAUUAAGCAGAAACAACAACAGCAUCAACAGCAGCAGCAGUUAAGUCCAGCGCAGCAAACGAACCAAACAACGCAUGGCGAAAAAUCAUUGUCGGACUCCAUCACCACCGCUUCAGUUACAACAACUACAAUUAUGAUAACAACAACAACAAUUAUGUUAACAUAACAACAAAUGUCACAAGUGCAGCCAGCACUAAAGCGACUACUAAAAAAUUUUCAACAGAAAAUGUCGUUCGAAUAUUCGAACAUUUUUCGAAAACUAAGAGCACUAACCUCAACUACUGAGCUCAUGUCAGUAUUUUUGCCGAAUAUAAUGUUCUGAUGAACAGUUAAUUUAAUUUAAAAGUAUUGUAAAAAUUAUUUUUGAUGCCAAUAUUUUACUGUUAUCUUCAUAAAAUAAUCGAUAGCAUUGGAAAUGCCAGAAAUUUAUGUACAUACAUACAUGUAAAUGCCAACGAUAGCGGUGAGUGAUGGAUAACUGAUUAAAUGAUUUGUUAAGGCGUUGCACUAAACAAAUUGGCGCUGAAAGCGAAGGCUAAAGCAGUUGCCGCAGCGGUAACACACAGCAGUGGAGGAGUGAAAUGUACAUUUUAGUCAAGCAAAUUGAACAAAAACCAACGCACACAUACAAACACGCACGUACAUACACACAAACACACACACACACCAGAAACAUUAUUACUAAUUAAGCUUACAAAAAAAAACAAAACAAAAAACCAACCGAUGAAGAAGUGAAGUGGUAGACACAGAGAAAUCAGUAAAAGAAGCAAGAAAACUCUCUAAUAAUACAGAAAAUUUAAUUAAUUAAAUCAUAACUGAGAUUAAAAACUGGCAACACAAAACCAAAAACAAAAAAGUAUAAAUUUAUUUAGAAUUAUAUAAAGCGUAAAAACCAGGUCAUUGUAAUGUAAAAUUCCGAAACACUGUAAAAAGCCGUUUACUAAGUACAUAUACACAUACAUACAUGUAUAAAUAUGUAUGUAUGUAUGAACAUAUUAGAGCAACAGUAAACCGUACAGAAUUUGAAGUAAAUCAAAAGCAAAAAAACUCAAUUUAGAGAAAACGCACCACUACUUCUACACUAGUUUACUGUAUAUGUAUAAACUACAUUAGGCUGAUACUUAGACGAUACAACAACAACAAGAACAAAACAACGGACCGUUUGCUAUACUAUUGACAUACAAUAUACAAGUACAUACAUGCAUAGAGUUUAAAUAAAUUGAUUGAAUUUGUGAAUUUCUUAGUGAGUACGCUGUUUGGGGUGAACACACGGCGCACAUUGUAACACAUACAUACAUACAUGCGUAAUUGCAUAACCUAAAAUUAGCACAAAGAUAAACGAACACACAAAGUUAUAAUUUAUAGAUUAUUUAUGAUAAAUUUUUAAUACAAAAAGAAUAUAUGAAAUAUGUUGUUAUGUUAUAGUAGACGAUACAAGCUGACUUGUGCUGGGAAAUUUUUAAGUUUCGUAAAAAAAUUAUACAUUUUUUACUAUCUUUUAAUGUUUUUUUUCUACUCUUUAUUAGUUCUAUUUUUUAGUUUUUUUUUUUUAAUUUUUCUUUAAAAUAAUUUUUUUUUAAUUUUUUCUUGGAGGUAUUUUCUUUUUUAAUUUUUUCUUAAUUUUUUUUUUAAUUUUUUCUGUAAAAUAUUUUUUUUCUUUUAUUAAUUUUUUUCUAUUCUAUUUUUUUGAUUAUGUUCAAAAACUGUUGACUGUUUCAAUUAUUAUGUUUAAGACUUUAUAUUACCAUAAACUUGUUUUAAUGAGAUUAAUUUUAUUUUGCGUUCUCUCGCUCUCAAAUUGUGUUGAAAAUCGUUGGCUGCUAAUGCAACUGUAUGACAUGGAAAAAUUAAAAAAAACUAAUUUUUUUUUUUAAAAUCUAGAACUUUUUUUAAUAUAAUUUCUAAACAAUGUAUUUUUUUUAUUUUUAUUAUUUUUUUUUAAUUUUAAAUUUUUUUAAAAUAUUUUUCUAGUUUUUUUUUUUAAUUUUUUUCUAUUUUUUUUAUACAAAAAAAAUUUUAAUUUAAAAUUAAUUACCGUUAUGUAAAAAAAAAUGUGAGAGCCAAAGCAACACACGCAACACGUUUUUUUCUGUAUUUAUUGCGCUUCAAGAGCCUACCUUUCAGUCAAAAUCUUGUUUUAUUUGUUUUAAAUAAUUUUUUGUUACAUACAUACAUAUAUACAAAUAGCACGCACAAACACACGCACAUACAUAAACACAGGCGUACAAUAACGUACAAUACAAUUACAUAACAUACGAACCGUUAUAAAAACCAUAAAAAAUACAUUAAAAAAAAUAUGUAAAAUAAACGAGAGAUUUAUACUAAAAUGCAUAUUCAACCAUUAAAAUAAAAAUGUAUAAUAAAUUAAAAUAAAUAAAUAUUUAUGUAUUUAGUGAAAUGGCAUUUAACACAAUUUGUGUGUAAUUGUUUAUACUAUGAUUACUACUAUUAUUAUUAAUGAUUAUAAUUAUUAUUGUUUAUGAUAUAUAUGUAUGUAUAAUGUAUUAUGAUAAAUGUAUAUGUAUUGCGUAUGAGCCGCCAGCUCGUUAUAAUUGAAUUUAUAUUUUAAUUUAAUAACUAAUUAUUUAUAUAUAAUAAUUUUUUUUUAAUUUUUAAUUUUUUACUUUUUUAUAAUUUUAAUCAUACACGCUUACAGACAUGCAUUUUUAAUUGCAUUUGACCUUUUGUUUUGCAAAAUAAAUUACAAUAAAACGUUUUUUAGUUUAAUUUAUUAAAUAAAAUUAAAAAAUGUUCUAAAAAAUAAGAAAAUUAUAUAAAAGAUUAAGCAACUACAUAACAUCACACAAAUGCCAUGUCAAAUAUUUAACUUUAAAAAAAUUUUGUCUAGUAAAAUGUUACGAUUUUCUGCUCCGAGCAAUUGUUUUGCUCUCUUACUUACUUAUUUUCAUUGCUUACCGACAGUUAUGCACCAACUGUUAAAACUAACCUCAUUUUUUUUUUUAAUUUUUUCUUGUUUUUUAGUUUAUAAAUUUGCAUCGAAGUUUAUACACUUUUUCUUUGUAUUUUUAUGACAAUUUAACCUUAAGUUGCCAACGCUCUCGCGAGUUUCUUCAAAAUUGCGCGCGCUUCAUUGUUGAAAGCGCGUUCUUCUCAUUUUGUUAACCAACGCUUAUCGAAUAUUUUAUAGACUACUUCAUUUUCUUUAAUUUUGUAUAAAAUAUUUAAAACUGUCUUUGCCCCUAUUUUACUCUCUGUCUCUCUUAUUCUCCUAAAUAUACAUAUUUAUAUAUAGAUUCGAUGCUAUCGUAAUUAAGUUAUUUUAAAUAAAUAAAAUGUACACUGUUACGCACAGAUAUACUUACUCUUACGUAUUAUCCACAUACUCGUAAGUUGCAAUUGUACCAAAAAUCAGUUUUAAAUAAAGCCUAAAUAAAUAUGUAUUUAAACAAAUAUUAUCAUUUAAGUGUGCAACAAGUAUUUUGCAAAUGUUCCGCUUGCAAUAAAGUUUAGUUAUAGUAGGAAAUAGAUGAAAAUGGUGUGAACACACAAUUUUACCGUAAUAUUAAUGAGUUCCACAACCAUAUGCUGAGCGUAGUAGUUAAUGUUUAUGGGUUAAUAAUAAACGUGUUUACGCCAACUA